UCGAUUUUGUAGUAGUUUGUCUACUUGGGUUUCGACUUCUCGAGGUGUAGCUCACUACCUAACCCAUCGUUCGAGAGAAAUGUUCCGCGAGCCAUUUUGGAGGGCGACGCGUGAAUUCGCCGAUGUUUCUCGAGGAUCGUGUCGACCCGACGCGCCGGUAAAACGUGAAAAAUCACCGCGCAAUCUCGGUUACCGUCGCGCACAGGCACGCCGGGCUCCACCGCCGGAUGAUGGAUGCUCGGCUAACAGUUUCCGCUGGAAAGUCGGCUCGCGCGUUGCGGGACGGGGAGUUGUUCCCCUGGAAAUUCGAGAAUAUGGGGAACACUGAACGUAGCUUUGAAAGUGAGAGUUUCUUUAGGGGAAAAUGAUACAGCGAGAUUCUUGACCCUUUGCGGACGAAUGACACUUCGGAGAGACGGAGUGCUCGUGUUUGGAAGACUGAGUCGCAGAGAAAUGGUUUAAUUAGUUUGACAGUAAGGGAUCAGUUUCCUUUUUUCCUAUUAAUUAAGUAAUUGAUAUUUCGUUGAACUUCGUUUGUUGAAGACCUUGUAUAUUUCGAAGCGUCUUCGUCCGCGAAGGGUUAAUCGCGUCAUUAGGGGUUAUCAUUUGAUAACUUAGCUGUGAUCUUGCAAGAAAUCGAAGUUGUUGAAAAGUCCUUGUCUAUUGUUCACAUCUGACGUCCAGUCACCAGCAUUUUUAACUCUCUAGCCCGUCAGUUAGCAUGCGUUAUUAAGGCCAAAGCGUUUCUCGCUUUUUACCUGCCACGGUCGACGAUUGCAAACGGGACGAAUUAGUUAUUAACAUUAGCAACUCGGGAGACCCAAGAAGGGAGGCGACUGUGUCUCCCUUCCGCAACCGUCUAGAUCUAAAAGGGCCAACCGGAACGUCUUCACCCCCGCGAAGACGACAUUGCGCAGGUGUCGUCGAGGACGAUUCUGGGAGGCCCAGUCGGUUGGAUACACAUAGUCAGAAACACAAGUUAGAAACAAGUUAGACAAGCAUCAACUCAAAUAGUACAUAGCACAGAGUACGGAGUAGGAAGCAAGGAUUACAAAGUAUCGAGUAGCAAUUUCGAUCGAGCGCAUAGCACUAGAGUCGAAGUCCACUUCACCUCCUACUUAUUUCUAAGUUUCGUUCCCGAUCUUAUCGGGUGGUCCUUCGAGACAUGCAAGUUUAUUAGUCUCGACCACCAUUACGGUAACCACGAGUAGCUAACAAUUAAGGUUUCGAAAGGCGACGGGUCAUCUCUUCGCGCGACACGCGAUAUCCGCGGCAAGGACCGGCGCGGUGAAAGUGCGGCUUUUAAGCGCGGGGACACGCGAUAUCGCUUUCGGAAAGCGGAUACUUGUGCGAGUCGGUCCAGGACCACGCCGGGGACACGUCCUGGCUUGAUUUACAGCGCCGGCUCAAUGACGGGCACGCGAUCAAGACCACGCCGCCCGUUCAGAAUGUAGCCCGUCGCCCGGCGCGGCGACGUGACUCGCACGCCGAGCGCGCGAGGAACUACCCUUAUCGCUCGGACUUUUUAGCGUGGCGACUGCAGGCUCCGGCUUAUCUUCCGUGUAAGCUCGAUCACGAGAUCUCCAUCUCUGGAGCGUGAGAUAGAUGUUUGCGGGGUUAAUUCUGGAUAAUUAACCCAUUGCAUUCGGAAGUAUUUCGUUGGAAAUAUUUGACAUUUUCUAACUAGACACGGACGAUAUUUUUUUAACUUAACUGAAAGAGAAAUCGCGAGUGAAUUGAGAAACAAAGCUUUUUUAUCCCAAUAUUUCAAUGCAUUAUAUUGUUACAAUUUUGAUAGAGAAUUUUAUAUUUUUAUAUUUUUUACAUAUCAGUCGUAUUAAAUGCUCGGUAGCUUCAGUGUUAAUUGAGUGAACUAUAGGAAUUCAAUUUAGGCGGAUGUCACAUUCAACGUGCCAAACGUCUAACAAAUGCAGCAUAAAAUAAUAAAACCACGUUCUCUAACAUCUCACACGUCUCUGAACACUGAAACAAUAUUCCCCGCGGAGCGAAUGAUUUACAAAGGGCCCUUCGUUGCUUAAGGGAUCCAGCGAUCCGAAACAAGGCUAAUUAUUUCGGCGACUGUUCACUGCAGCCCGCGUCCACCUCUUCACGGUGCACUCGGACUAAUCGUUGAGCGCGAGAAUGGCGACCGGAAUAAAUCGCUGCUCGCGAAUGGACCGGAAGUUAGGGAAACUUGAGGGGAAAGCGGGAUAAUGAAUGGAACGCGUUGGAAGGAAGGGCGACGCGGCUGUCAAAAGGACAACGGGCAGGGGCGGGGGGAAAUAAAGAAAUUGCGACAAAAUAGAGUUAGUGGAAGAGGAAAAUUCAACAGGGUUGAAAGCAAAGUUCCCCGGUGGAUGGAAACGAGGGACGAUAUUCUCGAACGAGAAAAUAUCGCCGAUAAGUUUCCGGUUGUCUCUGGUACGUAAGACAGUUGGAUUGUUUUUUGAACGUUUCAAGUUGGGUUGACGAAAUCUUUCGUCUUAACACGUUCCGCGCCAUGUGUACGAGUAUACUCGUCAUGGUAAAAAGUAGUGACCAUUGGAUUUUCACAGAAAUUACAAUUUAAAUAACCAAUAAAUAAAAAUUCUAAAGCUGUCUUCUGACACUUUCGCUAGAAAUAACGUUAAGCUCGACUUCGAGCUGCCAGUAUGAAACGAACCCGCCCAGACACAUUAUCAUGCGAAGUACAACGGGGAAAUUAGGUGCUCGAAAUCACUAUUCCACGGAAACCAGAUUUAUUAACGACAGAACCACCGCAAGCAGUCGACUCGACUUUUUCAACACUCCCUAUAGAAGCUCGAGCGGCGCAUCCAUUGAAAUCUCAAUUGAUUCGCAAUUCAGUUCGCGCGUUACAGCUUCAAAUACCGAGCACAAUGGAAAUUUGCACCGUGCGCCAAGUUUCCACAUCAGUGUCACGAAUUCCAUUCCCGAAAUUCCCGAUUCGAUCGCUAAAUAAAAUUCUAUUCGCGAAGAAAGGAACGGAGCCGAUCCGCGAUCUCCCUUUCGUACGCCAGCCGAACAAAACCGUAUUCACAGUGAACGAGAAUAAACGAAGCACGUUCGUGAGCCCAGAACACCGUAUCUAUUCACAAACACGAGUCUUCGGCUUGCUUCUCUUAUCUUUGCGUCGAUUGCAAUUUCCUCCGAUUCCUCGGCCAGUAGACGACCGUGUCAAAGGUCGUAGCAAUUUCCUGGAACAGAUACGAGCGUUCCGCAUAAAACCUCCACGUGUCUCCGCAUUCCCACAGUCAUCGAACCGGACGAUGACAACUUCGGAAUGUUUCUACCAUCGCUGAUCAUCCUUGCAAUCGCUGGUGUUGCUCGUAGUACCUCGUCCCAGGACGAACCGCCAGUCUGCAGCCAAUGGGACAGUUACACCGUCUGCCGGAGCGACGGCGUGCUCGUCGAGGUGACGGAGAACUACUGCGAGCCGCAGGACUACCUGGACAUAGAGGAUCAGCAGCUCAGGGCGAUCGAGGCGGACGCGUUCAAGGACCUGAGGACUCUGCGGCUCAGCUUCAGUCUGGGCAACAGAAUUUCCGACGCGAAGAGGGAGUCCUUCAGAGGACUGACCAGGCUGAAGGAGCUGGACCUGAACUACAACAGGGUGCAACUGUCGGCGCACCUGUUCGCCGAAAUGGGGAACCUGAAUCGCUUGAACCUGAUGUCCAACAGGAUCGCGCACGUGCCCAAGGACGCCUUCGCCGGUCUGAGGAACCUAACUUGGCUGGAUCUCAAGGGGAACUAUCUCAGAUCCAUCGGCAAGGACGCGUUCUCGGGACUGACCUCUUUGCGUUACCUCUGGCUGAACAGGAACAAGAUCGCUGGGAUCGAACCUGGCAGCUUCGAGGACAUGCGUGCGCUGAAUAUGCUGUCUCUGUCGGAUAAUCGACUGGUCUUCAUAGAAAACGGAGCUUUUAGAGGACUCGGCGAGCUGGUGUGGCUGUUCCUGCGUAGGAACGAGCUGAUCACCGUUUCGAGGGAGGAUUUCGUGGACCUGGUUGAUCUGAAGUAUCUGAUGUUGAAGGACAAUCGGAUUUCUGCCGUCGAGUCCGGCGCGUUCGCGCACCUGGCGAGGCUGAGGUCCUUGGAGCUCAGUCGGAAUGAGUUGGCCUCCGUGGACUCGGGAAUGUUUCUUGGAUUGAGCGAACUGACGGUGCUGGAUCUGUCGAAUAAUGCGAUCACCGAGGUGGAUCCUGUCGCCUUGAGCGGUUUGGAGGCUCUUAAGGAUUUGUACUUUGUGAAUAAUAGUGUGAGUUAUCUGGACGGCUUGAAGAACACCACUAGGCUGCAUAUGCAAGUCAGGUCGGAUAAUCUGGGGUUGAUUAGGACUCGAAGGGAUGGAAUGGUUGAUGUAUAGUGAAUUUUUGUUGGUAAUGCGGUUUUGGAUGUUAUGGAUUUGUAAUGUAUGAAUUGAAGUUCUAUGAUUUGUGAAUUAAAGAGGUCAGAUUGAAAUUGUGGGUGGUGACAUUGGAAAUCCUGAAUGAGAGUUCCUUGAUUUUUAUAUGGAAAGUUAAUUAGCGAGUUUGGGAAUCCUAGAUAGAGGAUUUUCUAGUUUUCAAAUGAGAAAUGGUAUAAUUGGUAAGAUUGGAAAUACUAAAUAAGAGUUUCCUGGUUUUCGAAUGAAAAAUGAUCCAAUUAGCAAGCUUGGAAGUCCUAGAUAGAAAAUCCCCAAAUUUCCAUAUAGAGAAUCAUCCAAUUAGCAAGCUUGGAAAUCCCAAAUAAAAGUUUCCUGGUUUUGAAAUGAAAAAUGAUCCAACUAGGAAGCUUGGAAAUCCCAAAUAAAAGAGUUUUCUGGUUUUCAAAUGAAAAAUGAUCCAAUUAGGAAGCUUGGAAAUCCACAAAUAGAAAAUCUCCAAAUUUCCACAUAGAGGAUCAUCCAAUUAGCAAGCUUGGAAAUGCUAAAUAGAAAAAUCCCCAUAUUUCCACAUAGAGAAUCAUCCAAUUAACAAGCUCUCAAAUCCCAAACACAAAAUCCUAAUUUCAAACGCAAAAUCACCCAAUUAACAAGCUUUCAAAUCCCAAACAGAAGAUUCCGAGAUCACCAAACGGAAAAUGCCUCAAUUAGCAAGCUCGCGAAUGCCAAACAGAAAAUCCCCUAAUUCGAAAAUUGAAUGUUUCUGAUAUAAUUCGCGAGAGCGUCGUUCCUCACAUAAAAACAACGCCACUUUGUCACGCGUGUCCCGCCGAUCUCCGCUCCGCAAACAUCUCUCUCUCUCUUUAUUUUAUUUAAAUUCGAAAAGCGAGAGUCAUUCGAACGAAUUUUUAUU